AUGUUUGAGAUGAAGAGAGCAAUUGACGCUUUAGUUGUUUUAGCUGGUAAUGUUUCAAUGUAUAACGCAAAAACGAUGCCGCAAUGUUCAAAAUGUAAAGCAGCAAUAAGAAAAUAUAACUACUCAGUCAAAGAGAUAGAAAGAAUGCGAAACGACUAUGCAGACUUAAAGAAAGAAGCAGAAAAGCCAGCAGAAGAUAAAAUGGAUAUGUUGACAUUUCUUAAUAAAAACUAUCCAACAGCAGAAGAUUUCCUUCUGUCUGACGUCAAGAAGAAAUAUAAAGAGACUUUCGGCAUGAUUAAAACAUUCAAUGUACUAAAAGAAGAAAUAGAAGCUACGAAAUUGUUUAGGAUUUCAAAUAUACAUCGUACAAUUCAUGUAAAACGCUUGUGA